AUGAAAGUCCUCGAGGCGCUUCCCGCCGCCCAGCGCGAAACGCUCAUCAUCCUGCCGUUACACUCGCAAGUGCCGCAAGAGGAGCAGCAGCAGGUGUUCACGCCCGCGCCGGAAGGGAAGAUGAAGAUCAUCCUGUCCACGACGAUCGCGGAGUCGUCGGUCACGAUCGACGACGUACUCGCCGUCGUCGACAGCGGCUUGGUGCGAGAGAUGAACUUCAACGCGGAGAGCAACAUGAGCACGAUGGCGACGGUGCCGACGUCGCGCGCGUCCGCGACGCAGCGCACCGGCCGCGCCGGUCGCGUCGCCCCGGGCGUGUGCUACCGCCUGUACAGCAAGGCGAUGCUGGAGGCGAUGCCGGAGCGGCCGACGCCGGAAAUUCAGAGGACCGCGCUCGAGGCGACGUGUCUGCAGACGUGUUCGAUGACCAACGCGGGGGUGCAAAAGUUUUUAUCGCAAGCGUUGGAUCCGCCCGCGGAGGAGACGGUAUCGCUCGCGAUGGACCGCCUCAAGUCCCUCAACGCGAUCGCGGACGUCGAUGGGCCGUCAAACCCGGCGGAUCCGAGCUCGGUGCCGCGCCGCCGGGAGCUUCUGACGCCGCUCGGGAAGCUCCUGUCGCAGCUGCCGCUCGAUCCCGCGACGGGGCGGAUGCUCAUCAUGGGCGUCGUGACGCAGUGCUUAGACCCGGUGCUCACCGCGGCGGCGUGCAUGAGCUCGAGGGAUCCGUUCAUCACCCCGACCGGCAUGCGCGACGAAGCCCAGCGCGCGCGCCGACGGUUCUGCGAGACGUCGGACCACCACGCGGUCCUCCGCGCGUACGCGGAGUGGCGCGCGGUCAACGCCGAGGAGGGGUUCAACCGCGCGUGCGGCAUCCAAGGCUUGCAGACCAUCACGUCGCUGCGCUCGCAGCUCCUGAACGAGCUCGUCCGCACCGGGCUCGUGCACGCGGGCGACUUGGGGUACGGCGCGAAGAAAGAGCUCAAGGCGGACGCGGUCGUGAAUCGCCACGCCGGCAACGAGGCGCUGACGACGGCGGUGCUCACCACGGGCGUGCCCGGAAACCUCGCGUCGCGGCGGCGGCAGUCGCACUUCGGCGUGAUGCGCACGCGCCUCGAGGCCACCGCGGGGCUUCACCCCGCGUCGGUGUCGUUCCACCGCUCGCCGCCGAGGGGUCGGUACGGUCAGGCGCAGCUCCCGGACUGGUUCAUGUACAAGGAGAUGGUGCUGUCGUCGCAGGUGUUCUUGAGGGACUGCAGCGCGGUGACGCCGGAGCAGCUCGCGCUGUUCGGCGGGUCGAAGAUGACGGAUCUGACGCGGUUCAAGCCAACCGACGCGGAAAUUCGAAGCGGGCGGCGCGCUUCACGAGGGGGAACGACGACGGAGCUGGACGACGACGUCGCGACCGAUCUGAGCGACCGAUCGGAACCCCCGCCCUUGCUCGGCGCGGACGGACUCCCGGUGAUCCCCAUCGACGUCCUCCCGCCCGCCGUCGUCGACGACGACGCGUGGAAGCCCGGUCACGGGCUGAUCGACGACUGGAUCUUGACGUCGUCGUCGUGCCCGGACACGUCGGAGCUGCUGACGGACGUCCGCGGCGAGCUGGACGCCGCGCUCGCGCACAAGGUGAUGGCGCCGCGCCGCGCGUUGUCGCAAGAGUACGCGGAGAUCGUGGACGCCAUCGCGGCGACGUUGCACAUCGUCGACGCGAGGAACGACGCGGCGUUACAGAAGCUCGCGAGGUCGGAGGGCGCGUCGUCGUACGGGUCGUCGUCGUCGUCGUCGUACGGAGGCGGGCCCGCGGGGAGGGCCGGGUUCGGGGACGCGUCUCGGAGAGGUUUCGGCGUCGCGCCGAGAAAGGCGGGUCGGCUGAAGAAGGACGCCAACGGAAACUUCGUGCGCGUCGCGGAGUGA